AUGAAGCUACUUGCUCUUGCUUCGCUCCUGGCACUGACAGCGGCCUCGCCGACCCCGACUCAGCCCGAGUCCGGAACGCCCCGCCUGGCCAAAAGGGCGGGGAUCUCAGAUGCUGCCGACAUUGGUUACGCCACGCUUAACGGGGGCACGAAGGGAGGUGCAGGCGGCACCGUGACAACGGUAUCAACACUGGCCCAGUUCACAGCCGCCGUCAACGAGAAGAACAGCGACCCGGCCAUUGUUGUCGUCAAAGGCAUCAUUAGCGGAAACGAGAAGGUGCGGGUUGGCAGCAACAAGAGCAUCAUCGGCCUGCCUGGAUCAGGCUUCAAGGGUGUUGGCCUCCAUUUCCGGCGCCAGAGCAACCUGAUCUUGCGCAACAUCGUCUCUUCCUUCGUGGAGGCCGACAAUGGAGACGGGCUGAAGAUUGAGGAAAGCACCAACGUCUGGGUCGACCACUGCGAGUUCUUCUCGACCCUCGACGUCGACAAGGAUUACUACGACGGCCUGGUGGACUCGUCACACGGCUCCGACUUCAUCACCAUUUCCCACACGUACUUCCACGACCAUUGGAAGGCAUCCCUUGCCGGGCACAGCGACAGCAACGGUAGCCAAGACCGGGGCAAGCUCCAUCUGACGUACGCCAACAACUACUGGAAGAACAUCAACUCGCGCGGACCGCUGCUCCGCUUCGGGACGGGACACAUCUACAACUCGUACUUUGAAAACAUGAGCACGGCAAUCAACACACGGAUGGGCGCCCAGGUGCUGGUUCAGAGCAACGUCUUCAGGAACGUGACGGUCCCCGUCACCAGCCGCGACUCGGACGAAGUUGGAUACGCGACGGUCAUCGACACGGACCUCGGCGGCGGUCUCAACGAUGCGCCCGAGGGCAACAUGGUGCCGGACUCGGUCGGGUACGAGUACUCGCUGCUCGGCUCCGGCGCGGUGGCGGGGAAGGUUCCCGGCGAGGCGGGAGCCAUUCUGACCUUCUGA